UGACUCUUAUCAAUCUGAAUCAAUGACUCGGCCAGUUCCUCUAGAAGCUUACACAGGACUGCUGAAGACAUGCUUCACUAACCUCCAGAAACGUAACAAAGUGGUGUAGUGAAGAAGAAUUUGAACAUGUGUCAAAUCACUGAACCUCUACCGCAUUCAGCCCCCGCUUCAUCUUCAACCUACUCUCUCUCAAAACGUCUACAAGAACUUCCACAUCUCAAACCUCCUAAACCGCAAACCACCAGACCCAGGUGACUAAAAUCUGAUUCACAUGUGUUAGUUCACAUGGUGAUGGAGAAGGCAGAGGUUCCUUGGAGGUUUCAGAGGAGACAUGGAGUUUGCUUAAGGGAAUGCAGUAUCAGAUUAGUCAUUGUAUUCAGGGAAGCUAAUGUUGUUGCUGACUUUCUGGCUUCUUAUGCUGUUAGAACUGGGUGCUUUACUGACUUUUCAGUCAAUGGUAUUUUGCCACUGGAUGGAAGUGUGCUGCUGAUUUGGAAGUGCUAUCAGAAUGGAUUGUGGCUUGGUUGUGUUGAUCUGUGGUGGUCAGCAGGAUUGAGUGCAUGA